ACAUAGAUAUAUAUAUAUAUAUAUGUAUCUAUGGAUAUCGAAAAGAGAGCCAACAAAGUGUUAUGCUAAUGUGGAGUGUGCGAACGAGCCACAUGAAUAUUACAUGAGUCGCACAGACCCAGCUAAGCCAACCAGCCAGCCAAGUGAUGACAAUAAGAGAAAGCGAGCGAAUGCAAGCCAAAGUACUUCAGAGCUAGACAGAGUGAGAGUCUGAGAGAGAGAGAGAGAGAGCGCGUGCAAGAGAUGGCCAGCUAAGCCAGCCAAUGUGAUGACAAUAAGCUAUCCGAGAACGCAAGCUAAACAACUUUAGACUAACACAGAGAGAGAGAGAGAGAGAGAGAGAGAGAGAGAGAGAGAGCAAGAUAGAGAGAGCGAGAGAUCCUUAUAAGAUGACGGAGCUGCGUCGCUUCGAAUCAGCAGCGACGCCUCGUUUGCAUAAACAGCACUCGCUGCGUGAUCGUCCGGCGAAUUCGCUGCUGUUGCAGCAGCACUCGCUAGCGGAUCAGGGCUGCAAUUUGAGCAGCGGCGGCAACAGCGCUGCCAGCACCAGCAGCAGCACGGCAACAGCAAACACAGCGCUGCCGCAGCGCAUCGGCAGCAGCGUCGAGUUCGAUGAGCACGAUAUUUACUAUGUAUCGCCAUCGAAGCGAAAAGCGUGCGUUGCCCCAGUUGGACCCGCACUGCGUCCGGCAACCGCUUACGAUGGCGGCAGCAAUCACAAUGUCGUCACAUUCUCCGAUUAUGUGAGCGAACGCUGCUCCUCCUCGUCGAAUCGUGGCUCCCUCAAGCGGGCCAAGGGACGCAGCAAUCAAUCGCUUUGCAGCUGUGAUGCCGGCGAUGAAGCGCAACUGCAACCGGAUGCGGCGCGUCCCCUUUACGAGUACAGCUUGGAGCGGCGACGCAAGACACACACCUACACCUGUGAGCAGAAUGCACAGAUACUCAUGAGACUGGAGCGCGAGAGGAAUCGCAAAUUAUCGCUAACAUCCCUUGGCGGUGAACGACAGCAGAGUGACACGCCCAGCUUGUCGGAUGUGGAUAUAAUACCGCCAGUGCCGCCGCCGCCGGCCCUCAAGCGAAACGGUAGCAUGCGCAGUCUGCGACUGUUGCAACAGCAACAGCUGCAGCAACAACAGCAGCAACAACAGCAGCAAAAACACAACAACAAUCUGGUUUUGGGUAUGGCCCAAUUGUGCAGCAGCGAUCUGCUGGAAGACUGCACCAAAACAGCACUCGAUGAAUGCGCUGCGACAUUGCUCAAGUGCGCCAACAACAACAACAACAGCAGCAGCACUAGCAGCAAUAGCAACAGUCACAAUAGCCACGCCCACAAGCAGCAUAAGCCCGCCCCGCCCUUUGCCGCCCACGAGGCGGACAACAUUUUUACACCGCACACACAAAAAUCAGAUCCGAGCUUGUGUUUUGUGCCAACAUCGGCAGCAAUUGUUGCAGCCGCAACACCCUCGACAGCAGCAGCAACCAUUGGUGCACCCAGCAAAUAUAAUACAAUUGGGCCCAGCGGCGAUUAUGCACGACAUUUGGCGCAUUAUAGUCGCUACCUACAGAAGCAGCAUCAGCAGCAGCAAUUGGCGCACUUUCAACAGCAGCGCUGUCGCUGCUUCUCCCAAUCGCUGCUCAAUUUCAGCCUGCAACAGCAACCAUUACAACAGCCACAGCAACAACAGCCGCGGCAGGACACAAAACAAUUGUCUCAGCCUGCGCAGAUAUUUCACACUAGCAGCAUGGACUGGACUCGUCGCAGCUUUAGUAAUUUGGUGGAUAUUGACGGUGGUUGCCGGGUGCCGUAUCAGAAAAUGCAACCAUCAUCGGUGCUGGCGUCAUCCAGUUUCACGAUGAACUCCUUCGACAGCGCCAACAGCAGCAAUAUGCUCAAGGAGCGCGAGUCCCAAACAUUGCCACACUCACACACACACUCACAGUCCCAGUUGCAUUCACAUUCGCUUCCGCAUUCGCAUCCACAUGUGCAUCCACAUCAGCAUCCACAUUCACAUCCACAUUCGCAUCAUUAUCAUGCACACGAUGUGCCACACUCACUGGCAUCUGGCGGCGGCAUUCCGGCCACGCCACAGAAACAUCAUCAGCUGCACUCGAGCGUUACCAGCAUCAUGCCAUGGAAGCAUCGACAGUGCCCCAGUCGCGGCUCAUCCAGUUCGGGCACCAAUUCCUUUCGAUUUGAUGCGGCCAAGCAUUGGCUGGCAGUCAGCUCGAUACUCUUGAUAAUUGGCGCUGCCAGUGUAGCUGUGCCCCUGGCGCUACGUGUUGCUGCAAGUGCACCUUUUGAGGAGCGCCUACGCGUUGCCGUGCAGCUUUUGGAUCAAGUGCCUUUAAUCGAUGGGCAUAACGACUUACCCUGGAAUAUACGCAAGUUCCUGCAUAACAAACUCAACGACUUCAACUUUGAUGAGGAUUUGCGCAACGUGGCGCCCUGGGCUCGCAGUCAUUGGAGCCACACGGAUCUCACGCGGCUGAAGAAGGGUCGCAUUUCAGCACAGUUCUGGGCAGCCUAUGUUCCCUGUGAGGCGCAACAUCGGGAUGCUGUGCAGCUGACACUGGAGCAAAUUGAUGUGAUCAAAAGACUAACCGAUCGAUAUUCGCCGCAAUUAACUACCUGCACGUCGGCUCAGGACAUCAUCGAUGCACACAAAAACCAACAACUCUGCUCGCUAACCGGUGUUGAGGGCGGCCACUCGCUGGGUGGCUCUUUGGCGGUACUGCGCACCCUGUAUGCGAUUGGUGUACGGUAUAUGACCUUAACAUCGACAUGCCAUACACCGUGGGCCGAUUCAAGCUAUGCGGACGCGCCAAACUUUAAUAUGAAGCAUGGCGGACUCACCAUAUUUGGCAAGACAAUCAUACGCGAGAUGAAUCGGCUGGGGAUGAUGGUGGAUCUCUCGCACGUGUCCAAGGGCACCAUGCGCGAUGCUCUCGAGGUGAGCGAGGCACCCGUUAUAUUCUCCCAUUCCUCGGCCUACGAGCUGUGCAACACGAGUCGCAAUGUCCAGGACGAUAUCCUGCAGUCGCUGGCCAAAAAUGGUGGCCUCGUCAUGGUCAACUUCUACUCCAAGUUCUUGUCUUGUAGCGACAACUCAACCGUUCAGGAUGCAGUCGCGCAUAUUAAUCACAUUAAGCGCGUCGCUGGCAUCGAUCACGUUGGCCUCGGCGCCGGCUAUGACGGCAUUAAUUAUACACCCAAAGGCCUGGAGGAUGUAUCCUCGUAUCCAACGCUAUUUGCUGAACUCUUAGGAGGUGGUUGGACCAUCGAUGAGCUGACCAAAUUGGCUGGCGGCAAUUUUCUGCGCGUCAUGCAACAGGUGGAGAAGAUACGUGAUGAAAAGAAGGCAGCUGGGAUCAAGCCCUAUGAAGAUCAUCCCAAUUUUCGCACUGACGAUCCAUAUAAUUGUACUUCCAGCUAAUUAAAUUUAAGACAUAAAUUAAGACAGGUUGUACAAUAGGCCAGACUUUAGUUACAGUAACUGGCGGGGCAUGCAACGAAGCGAUUUUGCUGCAUAUAAAAAAUAUAAUAAAUAAAUAUAUAUAACUAUAUACCUAUAUAUAGUAGAAUAUUGAUUAAAAUGAAUUGCAUUCUAGUUGAGAUAAGGUGGCCUAGCUAUGGUUUGUAUAAGCUUUAAGUAUAGUUUAGACUAAGUACUAAGUAUUUGGAUAAUUCUCUCUUGGUUCUAUGUAAACCCUUCGAAUUUUCGGUUAUGUUUUUUGUGACAAUCUACAGACUGCCAAGAAAUGAGUACACCCAAUUUAUUUAUAUGCCACCUGCAAGCAGCUUAAUUAACGGUUUUCUGUCAACACCCACAAGAAAUUCAAUUUAAAUCCCAAUUGCGACUUUCAACUGGACCAAACAUGCUAAAUAGUAAAUGAACAAAAAAAUCAUUAUCAAUUAUUAUCAUUAUGUUUCCGAUUUGAUUGAUUUAGUUUGUAUGAAAAACUACAUAUCAAGUAUGUAAUAAAACUAUAAUUAAAUAAUUUUCUUAGAUUAAUGUUGAUGCA